GGGAGCCGGGGGGAAACCGGGGGUACCGGGGGUUGUGAGGGGUGAGGGAAAAACCGGGGGGCACCGCGGGUUGUGAGGGGCGGGGGGACCGGCGGAAGGGUCGGCGGCCUGGGGCCGGCGCAUCCCGAGGGCAGCCGCGGUUUCAGCCGUCGCCCCCGGCCCCCAGGCUCGGCGCCGCCAUGUGCUCGCUGGGGCUGUUCCCGCCGCCGCCUCCGCCUGGGGAUGUCACCCUGUACGAGCUCAACAACGCGUUGGUCUGCGGCCGCCUCAGCGAGCAGCUGCCGCUGGCCUUCCAGAGCCAGGUUCCUGACCUGCCCGUGCUGAGCCUGCCCAAGGAGCCUCUCAAGGCCCACGGCCGCCUGGAGCCCAGCGCCCGCCCGCCCUUCAUCCACCACCGCGAGUCGCUCUGGAAGCGCUGCCUCAGCGCCUGGCGCGACACCGGGCUCUGCGGGCUGCUCCGGGAGCUGGCCGGCGCCGAGGAGGAGGGGCUGCGCUGGCUGCGGACGGGCUCGAGCCACGCGCUGGCCGUGUGCCGCUGGCUGUCCUCGCUGCACGGGUCGCUGUUCCCUCACCUGUCCCUGACCAGUGAGGACAUGAUCGCAGCCUUCUCCCAGGCCGUGGACUGGGCUGGCUGCACCAUCCGGGCCUUCGCCUGGCACCCCCACACCAACAAAUUCGCUGUGGCUCUUCUGGACGAUUCCAUCCGUGUCUACAACUCCAGCAGUGCCACCGUGCCCUCGCUGAAGCACCGCCUGCAGAGGAACGUGGCUGCCAUGGCCUGGAAGCCUCUCUGUGCCUCCAUCCUGGCUGUGGCCUGCCAGAGCUGUGUCCUCGUGUGGCACCUGGACCCCACCUCGCUCUCCACCAGGCCCUCGUCAGGCUGUGCCCAGGUGCUGUCCUGCCCCGGGCACAGCCCUGUCACCAGCCUGGCCUGGGCGCCCAGCGGGGAGCGGCUGCUCUCAGCGUCACCGGUGGACACGGCCAUGCUGGUGUGGGACGUGUCCACCGAGACCUGUGUCCAGCUGCAGUGGUUUGGGGGUGGCGGUGUCACCUACUUGGCCUGGUCCCCCGAUGGCAGCAAGGUGCUGGCAGCCACCCCCUCGGCCGUGUUCCGGGUGUGGGAGGCCCAGAUGUGGACCUGUGAGCGCUGGCCCACCAUCCGGGGACGCUGCCAGACAGGCUGCUGGAGCCCCGAUGGCAGCCGGCUGCUCUUCACCGUGCUGGGCGAGUCUGUCAUCUACUCCUUGUCCUUCUCCGAGUACCGGGGGGAGAUGCAGGGGCAGGUGGGAGGCUCCAAGACGGCCUCGAUCGUGGCAGACCUGUCCGAGACCACCUUUGAGACCCUCUACGGGGAGGAGAGGAUCGGAGGAGAGGUUCAUUCCAUGGUGUGGGACCCCACCGGGGAGAGGCUGGCGGUGAUCAUCAGAGGCCACCCCGAGUGUGCAGACAGCCAGCCGGCCGUCGCCGUGUUCCGCACCCGCAACAGCCCCGUCUUCGAGCUCCUGCCCUGCGGCUUCGUGCGGGGCGAGCGCGGUGCCCGGCCCCAGCUCAUCUCCUUCCACCCCUGCUUCCCUCAGGGCGCCCUCCUGACCGUGUGCUGGUCCUCGGGGAGGAUCUCCCACAUCCCCUUCUUCUUCGUCAGCGCCCUGGAGCCCCGCGGCAGCCCGCGCCGCAGCCCCGCGCCCGUGCUGGGCAGCGUCCGCGAGCAGCCGCUCUUCUCCGAGCUCUGAGAGCCCCCCGGGGCCCCCCCGGGCCCCCUCAGCCACCCCAGGGCCUCCUCUCCCUCCAGGAGCCCCCCACACCUGCUCAGGGUCCGGCAGUGCUGAUCCUGCCCCGAUUAAAGGUGGAUUUUCCUUC